CAGAAGACAGAGUGAUAUUCGUGUUACCACAGCAUGUUGUAAAUGUAUGAGAUUUUGCUCAUCCCGGCUUGGAAAUAAGAAUAGGGAAAGGAGAGCAACUUGAAUCAGAAGCUACUAGAAGAACAUGCAGAGUUCUGCAGCAGUUUAUAUUUGUUCUUAAAUUUUGCCUUCUUCUUACUGGAAAACAGAGGGACUGGCAUUUUUUUAAACGGGCUUUUCCCAUAAUGGCAUUCUUGUAUUGUGUGGCCAGAGCUCGCACAGGAGGAAAGCAGGCUGCCGAAUUUAGUCACUGAUCUCUAUUAGCUGUGGCCUAAGGCUAUGCUGAGGUUUAUAUCCCAUUUGUAUUGUUGCAGCUCAAAAGAAGAAUGUUCAGAGGAUGACAAGUGUAUUCUGAGUAGAUCACUUGUGGAAGAGGAAGACCAGCACAUGAAAUUGUCCCUUGGAAGCAGUGAAAUGGGCCUCUCAUCCCAUUUGCAGUCUUCCAAGGCAGGAACCACACGCAUUUUUACCAGCAAUACCCACAGUUCUGUGGUGUUACAGGGCUUUGACCAGCUUCGACUUGAAGGAUUGCUUUGUGAUGUGACCCUGAUGCCAGGUGACACAGAUGAUGCCUUUCCUGUGCAUAGAGUCAUGAUGGCAUCUGCUAGCGAUUACUUCAAGGCUAUGUUCACAGGUGGAAUGAAAGAACAAGAUUUAAUGUGCAUUAAGCUUCAUGGCGUGAGCAAAGUCGGUCUAAGAAAAAUUAUUGAUUUCAUUUACACGGCAAAGCUUUCUCUUAAUAUGGACAACCUUCAAGACACUCUGGAAGCUGCCAGCUUUCUACAGAUUCUGCCGGUUUUGGACUUUUGUAAAGUAUUUCUCAUAUCUGGGGUCACUUUAGACAAUUGUGUUGAAGUUGGGCGGAUUGCUAACACCUACAAUCUGACAGAAGUGGAUAAAUAUGUUAACAGUUUUGUCUUGAAGAAUUUUCCUGCAUUGCUGAGCACUGGGGAGUUUUUGAAACUCCCUUUUGAGCGUCUUGCCUUUGUGCUUUCCAGUAAUAGCCUUAAGCAUUGCACUGAACUUGAGCUCUUUAAGGCUACCUGUCGCUGGCUUCGCCUGGAAGAGCCUCGGAUGGACUUUGCUGCAAAAUUGAUGAAGAACAUACGAUUUCCACUGAUGACACCGCAGGAGCUCAUUAAUUAUGUGCAAACAGUAGAUUUCAUGAGAACUGACAAUACUUGUGUGAAUUUGCUUUUGGAAGCCAGCAAUUAUCAAAUGAUGCCAUAUAUGCAGCCAGUUAUGCAGUCAGACAGGACUGCCAUUCGGUCUGACACCACUCAUUUGGUUACACUGGGAGGAGUGCUGAGGCAGCAGCUGGUUGUCAGUAAGGAAUUGCGCAUGUAUGAUGAAAAGGCCCAUGAAUGGAAAUCCUUGGCCCCAAUGGAUGCCCCAAGGUACCAGCACGGCAUUGCCGUCAUCGGAAAUUUCCUCUAUGUUGUCGGUGGACAGAGUAAUUAUGACACAAAAGGAAAAACAGCAGUCGAUACAGUCUUCAGAUUCGAUCCUCGAUACAAUAAAUGGAUGCAAGUGGCAUCUUUAAAUGAGAAGCGCACCUUCUUCCACCUAAGUGCCCUCAAAGGAUAUCUGUAUGCAGUCGGUGGGCGAAAUGCAGCUGGUGAACUGCCGACAGUAGAAUGUUACAAUCCGAGAACAAAUGAAUGGACCUAUGUUGCCAAAAUGAGUGAGCCCCACUAUGGCCAUGCUGGAACUGUGUAUGGAGGAGUGAUGUAUAUUUCAGGAGGAAUUACUCAUGACACUUUCCAAAAGGAGCUCAUGUGCUUUGACCCUGAUACUGACAAAUGGAUCCAGAAGGCACCAAUGACCACCGUCAGAGGUCUGCACUGCAUGUGCACAGUUGGAGAGAGGCUCUAUGUCAUUGGUGGCAAUCACUUCAGGGGAACGAGUGAUUAUGAUGAUGUCCUAAGCUGUGAAUACUAUUCACCUAUCCUUGACCAGUGGACCCCAAUUGCUGCCAUGUUAAGAGGGCAGAGUGAUGUUGGGGUUGCCGUCUUUGAAAAUAAAAUCUAUGUGGUCGGUGGGUAUUCUUGGAAUAACCGUUGUAUGGUAGAGAUAGUGCAGAAAUAUGAUCCAGAUAAAGAUGAAUGGCAUAAGGUUUUUGACCUCCCAGAGUCCCUUGGUGGCAUUCGAGCUUGCACACUCACAGUUUUUCCACCUGAAGAAACCACACCAUCACCUUCUCGAGAGUCCCCACUUUCUGCACCUUAGGAUCAUCUCUACAACUAAGAUGCUGUAGUCCUAUCUUUGCAAUGUGUCAUUCUCUUCUUUUUCCCCCCUUAAGUAGAAUAUAUGUUAGGAUUAGCCUCCAGUAAUUGAUACAGAUAUUGGAAAAAAGAUGACAUUGAUGUUAUUUGUGCUGUUCGUUUGGCCUAGAAUGUUUAUAAAGUGGUAACACAACCAUUCUGGAAAUAUAUCCCAUAGAAGCUGAUGUUUAACAUAAAAA